AUGGCUGAAGUAAAGUUAGAGAAGCUUAGAGUAAAACGCCAAGUAAUCAUCGGCCAGCUAGGUAGAACGAAAGAAUUCUUAAAACGCGCUUCUGCAGCACUUACCGCUGAACUCGAGACUAGAUUAGAAUCUCUCGAAUCGACGAGAACUAAUUUCGAAGCAAUCCAACUAAAAAUUGAAGAGCUUGACGAGAACGAAGUUACUCUUCCAAUCAGAGGUGAUUUCGAAGAGACUUAUUUUGAAAUUCGUCCAGCACUACUAAAUUUAAUUAGCGAUGCCAGGCAUCCAUCGGAUUCAGAACCUACGAAUCGUACGGUACUAGACACUACAAUUGGAGGCACACCAAUCCGCCUGCCAGAGAUACCUCUACCUAAAUUCUCGGGAGAUUACGUCAAUUGGACGUCGUUUUACCAAACUUUCGUUACUUUAAUCCAUAACAAUCCGGCCUUGAACAACAUCACUCGAUUUCAUUUCCUACGAUCAGCGCUUAGUGAAAGGGCACUUAGCAGCAUUCGCGCUCUAGAGGUUAACGAACCCAAUUACGAGGUAGCUCUAAAAACACUUGUAUCUCGAUAUAAUAAGGAAAACUCCGCAACGGAACUUCGUACGCUCUUGGAUGAACUUAACGUUCACUUAAGUGCACUUACAUCACUGGGUAGGCCUACAGUCUAUUGGGAUGAUCCCAUGAUCUACCUGAUGUGCACUAAAUUAGACAGCCUAUCGUUAGAUAAAUGGAAUGACAUUCGUUCCCAAGAUAGAUUUCCAACCCUUGAUGAGUUCAAGAAGUUUUUGGAAAACCGAGCUUUCAAUCUAGACGAAAAAUCAUGUCUCGCUCCUGCAGCCUACACUUCGAAUCUAAAGAAUAUUAAACCUAAAAAGGACAAUAAACAACCGCAAACGUCUCUCAUCGCAGUACACGAAAAGCUCUGUAGUUAUUGUUCAGGUACGAAACACAAUAUAUAUAGAUGCCGAAAAUUCCUACAACUUUCACCCGAACAACGCUACAAUUCAGCAAAUGGGUUAAAACUCUGUAUUAACUGCCUCAAAACUGGCCAUCUAACUGAUUCCUGCAGCUUAGAUAAGUGUCGCACUUGCAAGCAGCCACACCAUACAUUGCUGCAUGAUCAUUUAAAAGCAUCAUCCGCAUCAUCUGCAUCAUCUGCACAACCUGAAACUCCUUCAAAGGAACCUUGA